GACCGGAGCGGAAGGGCCAAUGGGCAUGGUAUAAAACCCUAGCCCUACUGCCUUCGCUCAAGUUGUGUCUGCCCUAUCUUCUCCGUUCGUGUCUGCGUGAGUCCCAAGCGAAACAGAACCAAAGGCGGCACAGAGGAACCCCACGGCGAUGGACGCAGACGCAUUGGCAAAGGCGUUCGUCGAGCACUACUACACCACCUUCGACGCCAGUCGAGCCGGACUGGCGAACCUCUACCAGGACUCGUCCAUGUUAACCUUCGAGGGCCAGAAGAUCCAAGGGGCCCAAAAUAUUGUUGCCAAGCUCACCAGCCUUCCUUUCCAGCAGUGCCAGCACAGCAUCACCACCGUAGAUUGCCAGCCGUCUGGCCCUGCCGGCGGAAUGCUUGUCUUCGUCAGCGGCAACCUGCAAGUCUCUGGUGAACAGCAUGCCCUCAAGUUCAGCCAGAUGUUCCAUCUAAUGCCAACACCCCAAGGUAGCUUCUAUGUGUUCAAUGACAUUUUCCGAUUGAAUUAUGCAUGAAGAUGGUGGAGCAGACGGUUUAAAGUACAAAUGAUGGUGAAUACAUGCUGCCAAAUGUUUUGCAACCAAUUUGGUUUGCCUGUUAGAACAGUCAUAGACUUCUAAAAUUAUUCUGCUCAUCAUUUCAUUUGUGGUUGGUUAUGCUCACAAGAGUUCAUAGCGUGGAAUCAUCCAAUCCAAUGAUUGGGGGAAACUUCUUUUUUUUUUUUUUUUUCUUUUUCUUUGUGUAAUUGCAUGAAUUGAUGAGUGAUUCCUUGUCAUAUUUGCGUAGUUUUCAUUACUGUCUUUAUGUUGGGUGCUUCAGGGUUAUGUUACCUUGAGUGCAAAGAAAAUGCGUGGUAUAAACACCCAGCAUAAACUCUCUAAUGUCAAUUCAUUGCAUUUCAAGUGACCGUUUAAGGGUUCAUUGUUGUUCUAGCA